AUGGCAGUGGCCAGUCUGCGGCCAUGGGUGGCCUGCCUGCUUGCGAUCCUCCUCUCCUUGGGAUUUAGCCUGGACACUCGCGAGGUGUGCCCCAGCCUGGACAUCCGCUCAGAGGUGGCAGAGCUGCGUCGACUGGAAAACUGCAGCGUGGUGGAGGGCCACCUGCAGAUCCUGCUCAUGUUCACGGCCACCGGCGAGGACUUCCGUGGCCUCAGCUUCCCACGCCUCACUCAGGUCACCGACUACCUGCUGCUCUUCCGUGUCUAUGGCCUGGAGAGCCUGCGUGACCUCUUCCCCAACCUAGCGGUCAUCCGCGGUGCCCGCCUCUUCCUGGGCUACGCGCUGGUCAUCUUCGAGAUGCCGCACCUGCGGGACGUGGGGCUGCCAGCGCUGGGGGCCGUGCUGAGUGGGGCCGUGCGCGUGGAGAAGAACCAGGAGCUCUGCCACCUCUCCACCAUUGACUGGGGCCUGCUGCAGCCUUCACCUGGCGCCAACCAUAUUGUGGGCAACAAGCUGGGCGAGGAGUGUGCCGACGUGUGCCCUGGUGUGCUGGGCGCCACUGGCAAGCCCUGUGCCAGGACCACCUUCAGCGGGCACACCGACUACAGGUGCUGGACCUCCAGCCACUGCCAGAGAGUGUGCCCCUGUCCCCGUGGGCUGGCCUGCACAGUUAGGGGUGAGUGCUGCCACACUGAAUGCCUGGGAGGCUGCAGCCGGCCAGAAGACCCCCAUGCCUGCGUCGCCUGCCGCCACCUCUACUUCCAGGGUGCCUGCCAUAGGGCGUGCCCUCCAGGCACCUACCAGCAUGAGUCCUGGCGCUGCGUCACGGCCGAGCACUGUGCCAGCCUGCGCUCUGUGCCUGGCCGCGCCUCCACCUUUGGCAUCCACCAGGGUAGUUGCCUGGCCCAGUGCCCUCCAGGCUUCACCCGUAAUGACAGCAGCAUAUUCUGCCACAAAUGCGAGGGGCUAUGCCCCAAAGAGUGCAAAGUGGGCACCAAGACCAUCGACUCUGUCCAGGCAGCACAGGAUCUGGUGGGCUGCACCCACGUGGAAGGGAGCCUCAUCCUCAAUCUUCGUCAAGGCUAUAACCUGGAGCUGGAGCUGCAGCGCAGCCUGGGACUGGUAGAGACCAUCACUGGCUUCCUCAAAAUCAAGCACUCCUUUGCCCUCGUGUCCCUAGGCUUUUUCAAGAACCUCAAACUAAUCCGGGGGGACACCAUGGUGGAUGGGAACUACACUCUGUACGUGCUGGACAACCAGAACCUGCAGCAGCUGGGCUCCUGGGUGGCUGCGGGGCUCACCAUUCCCGUGGGCAAGAUAUACUUCGCCUUCAACCCACGCCUCUGCUUGGAACACAUCUACCGCUUGGAGGAGGUGACUGGCACGAAGGGACGGCAAAACAAGGCAGAGAUCAAUCCCCGCACCAACGGAGACCGAGCUGCCUGCCAGACACGCACCCUGCGCUUCGUGUCCAACGUGACGGAGGCCGACCGUAUCUUGCUGCGCUGGGAGCGCUUCGAGCCGCUGGAGGCUCGCGACCUACUCAGCUUCAUCGUGUACUACAAGGAGUCCCCAUUCCAGAAUGCCACAGAGCAUGUAGGUCCAGAUGCAUGUGGGGCCCAGAGCUGGAACCUACUGGACGUGGAACUGCCCCUAAGCCGCACCCAGGAGCCAGGUGUGACCCUAGCCCCGCUGAAGCCCUGGACACAGUACGCAGUGUUUGUGCGGGCCAUCACGCUGACCACUGAAGAGGACAGCCCCCACCAAGGAGCCCAAAGCCCCAUCAUCUACCUCCGAACCUUACCUGCAGCACCCACAGUGCCCCAGGACGUCAUCUCCACGUCCAAUUCCUCCUCCCACCUGCUGGUGCGCUGGAAGCCACCGACCCAGCGCAACGGAAACAUCACCUACUACCUGGUGCUGUGGCAACGCCUGGCAGAGGACAGCGACCUCUACCUCAAUGACUACUGCCACCGCGGCUUGCGGCUGCCCACCAGCAACAACGAGCCCCGCUUCGACCGCGAAGACGGGGAGCUCGAGGCCGACAGGGAGCCUGGCUGCUGCCCUUGCCAGCACCCACCUCCUGGGCAGGUCCUGCCACCGCUGGAGGCACAGGAGGCCUCCUUCCAGAAGAAGUUUGAAAACUUUCUACACAACGCCAUCACCAUCCCCAAAUCCCCUUGGAAGGUGACGUCCAUCAAUAAGAGCCCUCAAAGGGACUCAGGGAGGCACCGCCGGGCAGCCGGCGCUCUCCGGCUUGGGGGGAACAGCUCGGAUUUCGAGAUCCAGGAGGACAAAGUGCCCCGGGAGCGGGCGGUGCUGAAGGGCCUGCGCCACUUCACAGAGUACCGGAUCGACAUCCAUGCCUGCAACCACGCGGCGCACACUGUGGGCUGCAGCGCUGCCACCUUCGUCUUUGCACGUACCAUGCCCCACAGAGAGGCUGAUGGCAUCCCAGGGAAGGUGGCCUGGGAGGCAGCCAGUAAGAGCAGUGUUCUCCUACGCUGGCUUGAGCCACCAGACCCCAACGGACUCAUUCUCAAGUACGAAAUCAAGUACCGCCGCUUGGGAGAGGAGGCCACAGUGCUGUGUGUGUCCCGCCUGCGAUAUGCCAAGUUUGGGGGCGUCCACCUGGCCCUGCUGCCUCCUGGAAACUACUCGGCCAGAGUUCGGGCAACCUCACUGGCUGGCAAUGGCUCCUGGACAGACGGUGUCGCUUUUUACAUCCCUGGCCCAGAGGAGGAAGACUCCGGGGGGCUGCACGUCCUUCUCACUGUCACCCCCGUGGGCCUCAUGCUGCUCAGCAUUCUUGCUGCCCUCGGUUUCUUCUACAGCAAGAAGAGAAACAGCACGCUGUAUACCUCUGUGAAUCCGGAGUACUUCAGUGCCUCUCAUAUGUACAUCCCUGAUGAGUGGGAGGUGCCUCGGGAGCAGAUCUCCAUAAUCCGGGAACUGGGCCAGGGCUCUUUUGGGAUGGUAUACGAGGGGCUGGCACAAGGACUUGAGGUUGGAGAGGAGCUCACGCCCGUGGCCCUGAAGACGGUGAAUGAGCUGGCCAGCCCACGAGAACGCAUUGAGUUCCUCAAGGAAGCCUCUGUCAUGAAGGCAUUCAAGUGUCACCAUGUGGUACGUCUCCUGGGUGUGGUGUCUCAGGGCCAGCCAACUCUGGUCAUCAUGGAGUUAAUGACCCGGGGGGACCUCAAGAGCCAUCUUCGAUCUUUGCGGCCUGAGGCAGAGAACAACCCUGGGCUCCCUCGGCCAGCACUGGGAGAUAUGAUCCAGAUGGCUGGUGAGAUCGCGGACGGCAUGGCCUACCUCGCUGCCAACAAGUUUGUGCACCGAGACCUGGCGGCCCGAAACUGCAUGGUGUCCCAGGACUUCACCGUCAAGAUCGGGGACUUCGGGAUGACUCGAGAUGUGUAUGAGACAGACUAUUACCGCAAGGGCGGGAAGGGGCUGCUGCCUGUGCGCUGGAUGGCCCCUGAGUCCCUCAAAGAUGGAAUCUUCACCACCCACUCGGAUGUCUGGUCAUUUGGCGUGGUGCUCUGGGAGAUUGUGACCCUGGCUGAACAACCCUACCAGGGCCUAUCCAAUGAGCAGGUGCUCAAGUUCGUCAUGGAUGGCGGGGUCCUAGAGGAGCUGGAGAGCUGUCCCGUUCAGCUGCAGGAGCUGAUGCACCGCUGCUGGCAGCAGAACCCACGCCUGCGCCCAACUUUUACCCACAUCCUGGACAGCAUACAGGAAGAGCUGCGGCCCUCAUUCCGCCUCCUUUCCUUCUAUUACAGCCCAGAGUGCCGGGGGGCCCGGGCCUCGCUGCUGCCCACAGAUGCAGAGCCCGACUCCCCGCCAGCCCCUAAAGGGGCUUCCUCAGACUUCAGCCCCCAAAAUGGGGGUCCAGGGCACUGA